GAACUCAUCUGGUUCUGCAGCUCCUCCUCUUUGCAGAGCAAAGUGAGAUCUCCAUUCAAACACAUCCAAAAACUCCGCAGGAUGAGACUAAAUUCUCUGCUAUUCCGCCGCUGAUCAUCACUUCGCUCCAUCGAAAGGAAAGUGACAGUGGAAACUGAAUCGAUUUCAAUCGUUUAAGAGACGUAAAUAGCUAAAUAAAGUGGAUAAGAAUUUCCGCUCCGUGAUACCGACUGGUGGUUGCUAGCAGGCUACUCCAACAGACUGCAAACAUGGCGAGCGCCUCGUACCAUAUCUCUAAUCUAUUGGAAAAAAUGACAUCAAGUGACAAGGAUUUCAGAUUCAUGGCCACCAACGACCUGAUGUCGGAGCUGCAGAAAGACUCCAUCAAGCUGGACGAUGACAGUGAACGCAAGGUGGUCAAGAUGAUCCUCAAGCUACUGGAAGACAAAAACGGAGAGGUCCAGAAUCUGGCCGUCAAAUGCCUGGGCCCGUUGGUCAGUAAGGUGAAGGAGUACCAGGUGGAGACUAUAGUGGACACACUGUGUACCAACAUGCUGGCAGACAAGGAGCAGCUCCGAGACAUCUCCAGCAUCGGACUGAAGACGGUCAUAGGAGAACUACCCCCUGCGUCCAGCGGCUCGGCCCUGGCUGCCAGUGUGUGUAAAAAGAUCACAGGCCGUCUGACCAGUGCCAUCGCCAAGCAGGAGGAUGUGUCAGUUCAGCUGGAGGCUCUGGACAUCAUGGCUGACAUGCUCUGCAGACAGGGUGGUCUGCUGGUGAACUUUCACCCCUCCAUCCUGUCCUGCCUGCUCCCUCAGCUGACCAGCCCCCGCCUGGCGGUGAGGAAGAGGACCAUCAUCGCUCUGGGUCACCUGGUCAUGUCCUGUGGGAACCUGGUGUUUGUGGACCUGAUUGAACACCUGCUGUCAGAGUUGUCUCGUAACGACUCCAUGUCCACCACCCGUACCUACAUUCAGUGUAUCGCAGCCAUCAGCAGACAGGCCGGACACAGGAUCGGUGAGUACUUGGAGAAGAUCAUUCCUCUGGUGGUGAAGUUCUGUAACAUUGAUGAUGAUGAGCUGAGAGAAUACUGCAUCCAGGCCUUCGAGUCCUUCGUCAGGAGGUGUCCAAAGGAGGUUUAUCCACAUGUGGGCACUGUCAUUAGCAUCUGUCUGAAGUAUUUGACCUACGACCCCAACUAUAACUACGAUGACGAGGAUGAAGAUGAGAAUGCCAUGGAUGCCGACGGAGCAGACGAAGACUAUCAAGGAAGUGAUGACUAUAUGUAUUGGUACAUGAGCAGGGAGGAGAACGUGAAGGAUGAUGAGCGGGAGGAGAACGUGAAGGCUGACGUGUUCCAUGCCUACCUAUCGUUGCUGAAGCAGACACGUCCUGCUCAGAGCUGGCUGUGUGACCCAGAUGCCAUGGAACAGGGAGAGACUCGUACCAUGCUGCAGAACCAGGUGCCAAUGAUCGUUAAGGCCCUGCAUAAGCAGAUGAAGGAGAAAAGUGUCAAGACAAGACAGUGCUGCUUCAACAUGCUGACGGAGCUGGUCAACGUGCUGCCUGGAGCCCUCACACAACAUAUCCCUGUCCUCGUACCAGGAAUCAUCUUCUCUCUCAACGACAAGUCCAGCUCGUCCAACCUGAAGAUCGAUGCCCUGUCCUGUCUGUAUGUGGUCCUGUGUAACCACCAGCCCCAAGUCUUCCACCCUCAUGUCCAGGCCCUGGUGCCGCCCGUGGUGGCGUGUGUAGGAGACCCCUUCUAUAAGAUCACCUCUGAGGCCCUGCUGGUCAGCCAACAGCUGGUCAAGGUCAUCAGACCUCUGGACCAGCCGGAGAGGGACACCUUUGAUGCUUCUCCCUACAUCACUGACCUCUUCACCUGCACCAUCAAACGCCUCAAGGCCGCCGACAUCGACCAGGAAGUGAAAGAGAGGGCCAUUUCCUGUAUGGGUCAGAUCAUCUGUAACCUAGGAGACAGCCUGGGGGACGACCUCCCUGGGACGCUGCACAUCUUCCUGGAGCGACUGAAGAAUGAGAUUACCAGACUGACGACGGUCAAGGCCCUCACGCUCAUCGCAGGCUCCACGUUGAAGAUCGACCUUCGACCUAUCCUCGACGAGGCGGUGCCCAUCCUGGCGUCGUUCCUGCGUAAGAACCAGCGGGCGCUGAAACUGAGCACCCUGGCCGCGUUGGACAUCCUGGUGAAGAACUACAGCGAUAGCGUGACUCCGGCCAUGAUCGACGCGGUGCUGGCCGAGCUGCCUCCGCUGAUCAGCGAGAGCGACAUGCACGUGUCCCAGAUGGUCAUCAGCUUCCUGACCACCCUGGCCCGGGUCCACCCUCUCUCCCUGGCUAAGAUCGGGGGGUCGUCCAUCCUCUCGGAGCUCAUCUCUCUGGUCAGGUCUCCUCUACUGCAAGGAGGGGCCCUCAGUGCCAUGCUAGAGUUCUUCCAGGCUCUGGUGGGUACCGGGACAUCCUCUCUGGGUUACAUGGACCUUCUCCGUAUGCUGACCGGUCCAGUCUACGCCCAGAGUGCUGCUCUAACACACAAACAGUCCUACUACUCUAUCGCUAAAUGUGUGGCCGCCCUGACCCGCGCCUGUCCUGAUGAGGGUCCUGCCGUGGUAGGCCAGUUCAUCCAGGAUGUGAAGAACUCUCGGUCGACAGACUCCAUCAGGCUGCUGGCUCUGCUGUCACUGGGAGAGGUGGGACACCACGUAGACCUGAGCGGCCAACCAGAGCUCAAGACGGUCAUCCUGGACGCCUUCUCUUCCUCCUCCGAAGAGGUCAAGUCUGCCGCAUCCUACGCCCUGGGAUCCAUCGCCGUGGGCAACCUGCCGGAAUACCUGCCCUUCGUUCUGGGGGAGAUCUCGGGACAGCCCAAGAGGCAGUACCUGCUGCUACACUCGCUCAAAGAGAUCAUCAGCUCGGCGUCUGUGACGGGUCUGAAACCCUACGUCGAGGGAGUAUGGACCCUGCUGUUGAAGCACUGUGAGUGUGCCGAGGAGGGCACCAGGAACGUGGUAGCAGAAUGUCUGGGGAAACUCACCCUCAUAGACCCAGAAACCCUGCUGCCCAGGCUUAAAGGAUACCUGCUCUCAGGAUCAUCUUAUGCCAGAAGCUCAGUGGUGACGGCAGUGAAGUUCACCAUCUCAGACCACCCACAGACAAUAGACCCUCUCCUGAAAAACUGCAUAGGUGACUUCUUGAAGACGUUGGAGGACCCGGACCUGAACGUGCGGCGGGUUGCCCUGGUAACCUUCAACUCCGCAGCCCAUAAUAAGCCCUCUCUCAUCAGAGACCUACUGGAUACGGUCCUGCCACACCUCUACAACGAGACCAAAGUCCGCAAGGAACUCAUCAGAGAGGUUGAGAUGGGACCCUUUAAACACACAGUGGACGAUGGUCUGGACAUAAGGAAGGCAGCGUUUGAGUGCAUGUACACACUCCUGGACAGCUGUCUAGACAGACUAGACAUCUUUGAGUUCCUCAACCACGUAGAAGACGGACUCAAGGACCAUUACGACAUCAAGAUCCUGAGAGUCUCUCUGUCUCUCUCCCCCAGUCUGUCUCCUCUCCCCCAGGUGAAGGCCAACUCAGUGAAGCAGGAGUUUGAGAAGCAGGAUGAGUUGAAGCGGUCAGCCAUGCGGGCGGUGGUUGCCCUCCUCACCAUCCCCGAGGCGGAGAAGAGUCCCCUGAUGAGCGAGUUCCAGUCCCAGAUCUCCUCCAACCCCGAGCUGGCUGCCAUCUUUGAAAACAUCCAGAGAGACUCGUCCUCCGCUAACAUGGAGUCCAUGGACACCAGCUAAACUAUGACUCUCCCACAAUCCCCCUCUUCUUCCUUUCAUUCCCAAAACAUGAUGCCGCAACAGCAACAAAAAAUACCUGGGGGGGGAGGGGCCCUUUUAUCAAUCGUUCCAUGAUGCAUUGCACUGAAUCAGCAACAGUUAUAGGAGAAAAGAAAAAAUAAUUGAACUUUAAAACAAAACAAAAUGUAAAACAAAAAAUACAAGUAAAAGAAAGUUUCUGUUUAAAGCUUUUAAGCUCAUCACCACAUUUCUCAUUUCUAAAAAAAAAACAACUUUAGAAAAAAAAACCAGGAAAUAAAUCAGUUUUUGGUUUGUUCCAUG